AUCCUUAUUUUGAUCCGCUACAAUGCUUUAUGUUAUUUAUUUAGCUCCAAAGUAUAUAGAAGAACGAUUAAGGAGCUGCUUUAUUCCGUUUUUAAUCAAUGAUUUACCCGAAAGAAAUGAGUUUAUAUUUGAUACUAACCCUACCCUGUAGCUCAAAUAGAUUGGUCAAAAUUGUCUCACAAAUGUGCUUGUUUUCAUAGUAUACUGAACGUUCAGCGCCAUGAAUCCUAUAGCGGUGGAUCCGAACAAUCCCGGGAGAAUUUCUCUGGCUUAUCGAGACCUCACUGAACUGCCUAUAGAUUGGGAUGGAAAAUUUGACGACAUAACUGUUCUGGAUUUAAGCCAUAAUAAUUUGACCGACUUUCAAUUUUUACAGGAUUUCCCGUAUCUCAACACAUUAAUUCUGGACAAUAAUAACCUAACAAAUCAUGUGAAAUUUCCACGCAUGAAGUCACUUCACACACUGUGGGUAAACCAGAAUAGAAUUACAAAUCUGAGUUCUUUUAUUGAGACUGUAGCAAAAUGCUUCCCGAAUUUGAAGUACUUUAGCAUGAUGAACAAUGAGGCUGCCCCAAGUUAUUUUAAUGGAGGAACCUACCAGCAGUACAAGGAUUACAGAUGUUAUGUUAUAAGUCAUCUUCCAAGUUUACUGGUUCUUGAUGACCAUGCCAUUGAUGCGGAUGAGAGAGAAGAGGCUCGUAAAGUAUAUGGCAAUAGAAGAGUUUCUGUAAGCUCAAAGAAAGUUAGUAAAAAACACAAAGAAAAGGUAAGUAAUUUAGCAAUAUCUCCUUGCUUACAAAUGACUGUAUUUCCCCUGUUUACAAGGAAGUAGGGGUUUUCUUCAAGUUUUUACCCUUUCAGUGGCAGGAACAAAAUCUCAGUUCUCUGCCCUGUCAGCCACACAUUUAAAAUGAUCUUUGCCUUGUGAAUUUGUAGUCAAAUCAAACAAUAUCCCUUCAGUGGUAUUUUAUCUUACUUCUUGUCUGUUCUGCUCAAAAAUGCAUUGAGAUAGUUUAAAGAUAAUCAUGUUUGGUUACUCUUGAGAAUGAAAGGGUCGAAGCAGGUGGAUAAAGUAAGGAGAUGGUGCUGUUCAGUUCGAAAGUUAAUGUGUACAUAGAAUUUACAACAAAAUUCAAAAGCAACUGAGCAAUUAUGCUAAAACCAUUAUUCACUUCAGCCUCAGUGAAUAUUGUUGACUAGUCCCCUUGACUUUUUCUCUGGGAUUUAAUUUAACAAUAUUCACAUUGUCUAUGGUGAGUAAUUAAUAGAUAACACCAAAUUCCCUUGUCUUAUUUACAAAGAACUGUAUGGCCAGCAGUAGGGAGAAACACUAAUUGGAUCUUGGGAUUUAAAGGGUUAAGGAAUCAUGAAACAAUAAUUUAUAGAAUGCUAAUGUGUACUUAUGAUUUUGUCUUCUC